AUGCCGGCGGCGGCGGGAGACGGGCUCCUGGGGGAGCCGGCGGCGCUCGGGGGCGGCGGCAGCGCUGAGGACGCGGCCAGGCCGGCGGCGGCCUGCGAGGGAAGUUUCCUGCCGGCCUGGGUGAGCGGCGUGCCCCGAGAGCGGCUCCGCGACUUCCAGCACCACAAGCGCGUGGGCAACUACCUUAUCGGCAGCAGGAAGCUGGGAGAGGGCUCCUUCGCCAAGGUGCGCGAGGGGCUGCACGUGCUGACCGGAGAGAAGGUCACCAAAAACCUGCGACGAGAGGGCCAGAUCCAGCAGAUGAUCCGCCACCCCAACAUCACGCAGCUCCUUGAUAUCUUAGAGACGGAAAACAGCUACUACCUGGUCAUGGAGCUUUGCCCGGGGGGCAACCUGAUGCACAAGAUAUAUGAGAAGAAGCGGCUGGAGGAGGCCGAGGCUCGCAGAUACAUCAGGCAGCUCAUCUCUGCAGUGGAGCACCUGCACCGGGCCGGGGUGGUCCACAGGGACUUGAAGAUAGAAAAUUUGCUACUAGAUGAAGACAAUAAUAUCAAGCUGAUUGACUUUGGUUUGAGCAACUGUGCAGGGAUCCUGGGCUACUCCGACCCAUUCAGCACACAGUGUGGCAGCCCUGCCUAUGCCGCCCCCGAGCUGCUGGCCAGGAAGAAGUAUGGCCCCAAAAUCGACGUCUGGUCCAUAGGUGUGAACAUGUAUGCCAUGCUGACGGGGACACUGCCAUUCACAGUGGAGCCUUUCAGCCUGAGGGCUUUGUACCAGAAGAUGGUGGACAAGGAGAUGAACCCCCUCCCCACCCAGCUUUCUACAGGAGCCAUCAAUUUCCUGCGCUCUCUCCUGGAACCAGACCCUGUGAAGAGGCCAAAUAUUCAGCAAGCUCUGGCGAAUCGUUGGCUUAAUGAGAAUUACACAGGCAAAGUGCCCUGUAAUGUCACUUAUCCCAACAGGAUCUCUCUGGAGGACCUGAGCCCGAGUGUGGUGUUGCACAUGACCGAAAAGCUGGGCUACAAGAACAGCGAUGUGAUCAACACCGUGCUGUCCAACCGUGCCUGCCACAUCCUCGCCAUCUACUUCCUCCUAAACAAGAAACUCGAGCGCUACUUGUCAGGGAAAUCUGAUGUCCAGGACAGUGUCUGCUACAAGACCCAGCUCUACCAGAUAGAAAAGUGCAGGGCCACCACGGAGCCCUUUGAGGCCUCCCUGGACACCUGGACAAGAGACCUUGAAUUCCAUGCUGUGCAGGAUAAAAAACCCAAAGAACAAGAAAAAAGAGGAGAUUUUCUUCAUCGACCGUUCACCAAGAAGUUGGACAAGAACCUGCCCUCGCACAAACAGCCCUCUGCCUCGCUCAUCACACAGCUUCAGAACACCAAAGCCCUGCUGAAGGACCGGAAGGCCUCCAAGUCCGGCUUCCCUGACAAAGAUUCCUUUGGCUGCCGCAAUAUUUUCCGCAAAACCUCUGAUUCCAGUUGUGUGGCUUCUUCUUCCAUGGAAUUCAUCCCUGUCCCACCCCCGAGGACCCCCAAGAUACUGAAGAAACUGGAGCCCCACCAGCAAGGGCCCGGGAGCACCAGCAUUCCCCCCAAGGAAGACCCCCUGAUGCUGGACAUGGUACGCUCCUUCGAAUCUGUCGAUCGUGAUGACCACAUAGAACUCCUGUCUCCCUCUCAUCAUUACAGGAUUCUGAACUCCCCAGUGAGCUUGGCUCGCAGAAAUUCCAGCGAGAGGACCCUCUCCCCAGGGCUGCCGUCCGGAAGCACAUCGCCUCUCCAAACCCCUUUGCAUCCCACUCUGGUCUCCUUCACUCAUGAAGAUAAGAGCAGCCCCCCCAAAGAGGAAGGUGUGUGCUCCCCACCUCCAGUUCCCGGCAGUGGCCCCACACAGCCUCUGGGGAGCCCAAACUGCGUGAAAAGCCGAGGCAGGUUCCCUAUGAUGGGCGUCGGGCAAAUGUUGAGGAAGCGGCAUCAGAGCCUGCAGCCAUCCGCAGAUAGGCCCCUGGAAGCUGGCAUGCCCCCGCUGCAGCCGGCAGCCCCCACAAGCCUGUCCUUUGAUGUGGCUGAUGGGCUCAAGAGCCAGUGCUGA